GGCGUGAUUUCGUGUUACUUUACGAUUACGCAUCGCUUGACGACAAUAAAAACACUUAUCGAGUAGCAGUAUUAUUAACGACCAAGACACGAUCAAACAAAUUAUCCUAUUGCUGCAUAUCCUAUUUGCUUUAAACAUAGUCAAGUUAAUGGAAGAAAACGACAGACAUAUGUUGUUUCGAGGGUAUAUUUAUUUUGUAAUUAUUGAAAUCGAAAUCUAUUGCAUCAAGUGGCGAAAAUUUUGUUUCCCUAGUCUGAGGCAUCUUCUAAAAGGCUGGUUUUAUAAGGGUUGUUUCUCAUGUUAGCAGAAAAAUACCAGAACUAGAUUCCGUGACUCAGGAAAGCCCAAAAAAUUGCUCUGUUUGUAUAUAAUAACACAUAAUUAACAGACGUAUGAAUUUAGACCGGGUUUUUACGGUUUCUGACCACUGUGCGCCAUGUCGAUUUAGUUCAAAGCAAUAACAAUGCCCACUGAAAAUUCACACAUUCCAUGAAAGGAGUAGUGGCCAGCCAAUAUAACCAUCGACCUCGAAUACCAGCUUCUUCUUUGUUUUCAGUUUUUUAGAUUAUCAAUUAAUAGCUUCUUUCAUCUUCUAUCCCUACGCUAUUACUAGUUUAGUUCGUAGAUAUUUGGUUUAUCGACGGGAUAUGAAAAAGAUCCGUGCUGCGGUUUAUUUUACUGAUAGUCGUAUGACAUCACGUUUCUCACGUUCUUUGCAUACGAGACGCGCGUUACAAAUAAAAAGUUAAUAAGACGAAUGCUCCUAAUUAGUAAUUUCAGGAGGUGCCUAUUUCUAGGCCACCAAUCCACGAAGGAAUGUUUUAUCGAAUGUAUCGCAUUCAUUACCUAGCCAAAGAAGCAUAUUUACCGUUCUAGUUGCACUUCAUUUUGUACAUUUCGAAACGAGGUCGUUAGCGACACGUUGCAUCGCCCUAGCUAUGCAUACGCGUUUGCAACGUCGAAUCCAGCGUUUUGUUUGAUCUAAUCAACCUCAGACGCAUCGACAUUGAUUCACCAUUUCCCUGUCGUGAGCUAGUUGUCCACUCUGCAACCUACUUCGUCGCCUGUGUUCGCGCAUGCAACUGAAACCGAAAACGAAAGGCAUGAUGAGGCGCACGCGGUAACUUUAUUCCGUUACGCGCUAUUAUGUGCGCGCGUUUAUAUUGAUCGCAUAACACGGAUCUUUAAGAGAUACGACUUUUCCCUGUUUAAUCAUACUGUCCAGUUUAAUUACGAAUCGAUUGAAUCCCGAUUGUUCGUUUUUCCUCAAUCCAGAUCUGGAUUUUUCUCAAAACGGAGAUAUUCAGGACGUAGAGUUUUUCUCACCUUUACACGUGUUUCCGUCAACAGAGAAACAGAUCAGUUUCUCUGUAUUUACGAGUAUUUUUUCGCGAAGACGUUUUACACUUCACCUAGUGGCAUAAUUCCAUUGCCGAGGACGUAUCGAUGUGAGAACAAAGUCGACCAAGCUGUUAUUCUUUUUGUCAGAAGAUCAAUAAUUAUUGAUGAUAGAGUUCAGUACUUUCACCGGAAUGGAGCUGCCGGCAACGAUGCUCGUUCAUGAUCGCGUUCCAGUGAAUCUCGAGAGCAAUAACUGCAUACUGCCGUAAAUCUAGGUAUCCUUGGCUUUGUAUAAAAUAGAGGCUACCAAAGGUGGACGAUAAGCGAACCGUAAACACGGCCUGACAUGACGAAUCUUCUUUCUUUUUCCCUCGUCCAUUUCUAGCCGCGAUUUCUAGCGAUCACUCGAGUUUCCGAAACAAUAAAAUUAUUCGCAAAUUAUGCAAAGCAGGAAAUUACUCCGGUCGGGAGUCUAGAAAUUUUAUUGUCCACUGCGAUUUUUCCUGCGAGGCCGUUUGUUGACUCAAACCUCUAUUCGUUCCGUGAAAUGUAGCCCAGUUGGUUUGACAUCAAUUUUUGUGGUGCUUCGAAGAAACUCUGUCGUUCGUUAUUAUUUCUUUAAAAAGAUUGGUAAGAGGCAUAUUAAGCAUCUUUAUUAAUGUGUGCGCGUUUUGCUUCAUAAAGAGCUAUAUAUACACACACACACAUAUAUAUUGGUCUAACGAUUAAGAUACACUGUACAUAUUUAUAUCAUCUUCUGGUAGAUAAUAAGAAGAUAAAGAUCCUGUUUUCUACUCGCUGCCCACAUAUGAAUGGUACGCGUUAAAACAAGACCGCUGUUAUAGUGAUACCGUUUCAAGGAAGCGGUUUACUAUCGCUGUCGAUAUUUCUUUGCGCCGAGAUAUUAGUUAAUAUUUGAUCACUAUAAGUAACUCCCACAAUUAUUACAUAAAGCAAUUAUCACCUACUUCACUUGUAUUACUGGAUUCGUUUAACACGUUCAGCACAUUAUAAAUUGUUUAUACAAUAGUUAUUGUUUAUUUAUAUUUUCUGCUUACAUUUCUUCUUUAGCCUUCUGUCUUGUUCACAGAUUUGAUUUAUUUACAUUUCUUUAUUGCCUUUACACUUUUCUACUUGUUUCCUUUUUACAUAUGUUUGUUAUAUGUUCAUUUGCGUUUUUUAUUUGAACCAGAUGCAUGUCAUCAUAGGAUGUUAACUGCAAAAUUCUGCAUCAUCGAUUGCUCGUGAUAGACGUGAAACAGAAUGCAUUAAUCAACUCCAUACUUUCGACAGCGAUUAACGUGCCUCGAGUUCAAAUCCGUGAACUACAAUUCCCUCAGCCACACAUUCACCGCAAUCCUUAAAUAACCGACGUUAAUGAGGAAUUCUGCUCUCCCUCUUCUUUUUCAGAUGUCAAAAUAAAAUCGAUUCGCGAUUAAGAUCUAACAAUAUUUUUAUUCGUUGUCACGUUGUUACGAUAUGACGAUAUCUGAAUUGGAUCGAACGUUCGAUUUGCAACGAUCGACGAUGACCUAUCUUCUCGUCUAUCGUGUAGUUGUUUUAUUAUAUGUUCGGUCAUUUCUCCUGUUUCCUAGUAUCGAUUUAUAUCAUAUCACAUGAUUUGCGAAAACUGGGUCAACGAAUGAUCAAGUUAAACAAAUUGCAUCGUGAAUGUGGCUCUAAGGAAUCCGCCCUCCAGGCAUCGGUGUCUUAGUUUAACCUGGUCGUCCCUACAAUCAAAUCUACAUACAUUUUUUUCGAAGCGCACAGGAUCAUUGAUAAAAUGUGUUUGAUUUGUCAGCAAAUUACUUUUUAAAGCUGAGACAUUCUUAAUCAUUGACUUCAAACGGUGCUCUAAAAAAGGUGAGAAAUUUUUACGAAAACUGACCGUUACUAUCAGAGUACCUCAAAGGUAUUUUAAAGGUAGAGAAAUCGCCACCUAAUUAACAUGAUCAAGGAUCAUUAAAAUAAUUAAAAUUUUAAGGUCAGCAAGAUAUCAAUUUAUAGUUAUUACGCUAUACGGGUGCAAAUUACCAAUAUCGACGUACGCGGCAUUUUACGUAGCUAUCUACGACGUAAAUAGUAUUAUGGUAUGUAAAUUAUUUUGAGGAAUGAUUAACAUCGUCUUGACAGCGAUGAAAGUUUGUUAAUCGCGAGAUUUUAUUCGCUAUAAAAUCUAUCGGGGACUUCCUUUCCUCUAUGAAACUACGCAACUCUAUGUUAUUAACAUAUCGCGCAACUAAGUUUAUCGAUAGUGGAACAGCCGGAGAUCUUAUCCAAGGUAGAAACUGGAUGUACACGAAAAUAGAGAAGCAAGCUCACGGUGUUUAGAGAAAUCCAAAUAAAAGCUAAAAUCGUGCGAAUAUUCCUUUUGCUUGGGACAAGCCACGUCGCCAUCCUAAUGCAUAAAUAAGACCAACGAGUAACUCAUUGCGCUGCAUCGAGGUCAAAAGAAGAAUCAUGUCUCCCAUAAACCGAGAUCGCAAGGUGUAAUGCAUAAAUUAAUUCUGAUAUGGUUCUUGAAUUUUUGUGUUUCGAUUUUGGUCUCGUUUUAACAAAUAAGAUUUUAAUGCUUCCAGCCCUUACGAGGUUAUGGCAGUGGGACGAUACGUUCCAGAAUAAUUUUCAACAAGAUAGUUGGGCUGCCAUAAUUUCUGCAACACCAUUAAGACCUAUCGGAGCAGUGAAUUAUAUGUACUACGAAUGAUUGUAUAUAUGGCAUUUUAAAAAUUAUUUACGAUUAACUUACAUUUUUUUCAAAUGUGGAUGUUUUAUAGUCUAUAUUGUUAUAUUAUUGUGUCCAUCGUUGAAAGAAGAAUUCAUCUCUAUGGGUCUAAGAAAGAUCUUACCAUACAAUUGAAACAAUACACAUCCUUUCAUAUUUUAACUAACUCCAAAUUUAAAAGUUAGAUCAAAGUAGACCGAGAAUAUUUUCUAAGAUAAAUGAUGCCAUAAGUGGUAGUUAUGUUCUGCAUUUGAAAUCUUAUAAAUCAGUUAUGUAAAUAGUUACAGCUGAUCACGAAAGAAAUAUUAAUUACACGUAUUAAUUAUAAUAUAUAAUACAAAAAUAGGUAAUUAUCUGGUCUGGUUAAUAAAUCAAUUGGUCCAAUUAAAACAUACGUGACAUUCAUACGAUACAUGUAAACUUGAAAUACUUUGAAAAGUAGUACAUGUAAAUUAUAUGUAAAUGAAAACGUUACGCUUCUUCUGAUAAAAGGUAAAAGGGAAGAACCUAAUUACCUUAUAAUUUCUGUAUAUACAUGUAACGUUGUGAAGAUAUUCGACUGUGAUACCAAAACUAGAGAUCCGAGCACCAUUUUUGCCUGUUUGUUGCUUUUCUUUUUGUUUGCUGGAUCUCGUAGUUCUUGUUUGGACAAUUCGUUCGACAAACAUCAUAAAAUUGAGACGGGUUUUCGAGAAUGUUACUGACAGUUAAGAAAACUAUGUCACUCAUUACGACCAGUUAGAUAAUCAGAAGUAAGUAUCAAAAAGCAACGAGAAAGUAGGCAAAACCUCUGCCUGCUCUCCUUGCAGAUCGUCAAACAUCGUGAUAAAUGUUGCAGUUUAUUCUUUUUUACCACCGAAUGUAAAUUUUUUUCUUGUCUUUCAACUUGUCAUUUGUCAUAGAAAGCUUGUAGAUUCGCAACAAUGUAUCUUUACUGAUUUGAGUUAUUUUUUGUGAAGUAUAUACGAAAGGCAUUUCUGCAUUUUCAAAUUAUUUCAUUCUUAUUUUUUUCGGGUAAAAUUAAUAUUUUUAGUCGCCAAGUCUAAUGUUAAAUGUUUCUGUGCGUAUCUUAUUUCAAUUUUCCCACUUCAUUAACCCAGUCUUUCAAAGAUACGUGUGCUCAAUCUUAAUUCGACUGAAAACGUUUAACAAAACCUCUACUUCAACGACGAAGGGUACUAACCGGUCUCGGAAAGAGGCUGGUCGGAAACAUCCAACCAUGUGCAACAGUGUAUCUCCUUUCUCGUCACAUGAUGGAUGCGCUAAACCGAAGCAGUAGGUUACAUUGAGAAGAAGUCGAAAAAGUCGUCGAAUGCAAAUGUCUAUGAUUGCUAUAUAUAAUGCUAAUUAAUUAGAUCGGAUCAGUAUCAGCCAAAGAUUCGUAGAUGCAACUUUGCUUAAGAUUCAAAUGUUGGCGAAUGUCUCUGCAACUACGAACGAAGUCGUUUACUGGUACUAUAACGACUAAUUAUCACAGAGUUUGCUGAAAUUACUCUACGUCUUAAUUACGUUUUUGAUCUAUUGUGAUAGCUAGUUUCAUUAUGAGCACCGUUCGUCGGGUUUGCCAUUGCCUUUUCAAACAUUACAACGCGAAGAAUCAAGUCUCUGUGCAGGAUUAUCUAAGCCAUGGACCGGUACCCCCACCGACCUAAAUGUACUACAUAUAAAUGGUCAGGACACCUCGUAACUAUCGUCAGAGAGCUUGUGGACUUAAUCUUGUCGUCUCGUCUGCAUAAACAAGGCGUGGCGCUCACGUAUCUCCAUUCAUCUAUUUCUUCAUCUUGUGAAUAUAAUUAUGGAAAUAAAAGUUCAUCGAAAAAAUUCCUGUAUAAGUUCGGGAUAGAGAGGGUCGUUGCGUUGACUAUCUUUGUUUCUUUGGAUUUUCGUUCGCAGAAUCAUGAAGUGCAUACAAGACGAUUGGAAGUUGGGCUGGUUCGAGAGAAUUAGCUACGUUUUGUUAGUGACUUUUUAUUGUUUUUCGAAGCACGCCUCUGUAUUGGCGUUUGAUAAUUCAACCAAUACGUUUGUCGAGAGAUCUCGAGUAGACUGCAGCCUGCAUAAAGAUAUAAUCACUUGCGGGAAAUACAAAGUUGCCAGAUGGCUUCAUGACAUUGUGAGGGAGAAGGAAUACAGCUAUGGUUCCCUGCGUAUUGUGAGAAUCCCAUCCAUAUCUGGACAACCGAUACUUCCAAAGUUACCACCGUCACGUGUGUUCAAAACCGAUGCGGUCGAGGCCUUGAACUUCGUCAGGGACUGCUUGGAGGAUCUGCUGACGAAACGAGCUUUGGUUUACACGGUUGACAACUCCGCCACUGGCAGGAGUUUUGGUAACGCGCCUAUGAUCAUGGACGAGGAUGAACUCAUUCAAAUGCAGAGCAGAAAAUACCCUGCUGAUAACUGGAGACUUCUGAAGAAGAAAACCUCCAUAAUCCUUCCUCUUCUAAUCCUAUUAAAUCUACUGAAAGUGAAACUGUUGCUUCUACCCAUUUUCCUCAGUGUUCAUUUCAUCAAGAAGCUACUAGUGCUAGCUUCCAUCAUUGUUCCCUCGUUAUUGGCGCGCCUGAAGAUCUGCAAAUUCGCGAAUUCACAUUCCCAGGGUUACCCUUAUCACAUGUGGGGUACGGCCGCUGAUGCACCCGUCGAUUAUCCAACAGCAUACGGUCAAGAAGAGCCAUGGUCUCACAGAAAUGAUUACAUCGCAGCAAACUCUCCUUACAUGGGAUACCAGGGUUAUCGCAACCCCUAUGGAUGAAGUUAGGAAGCACGGAAAAACAUCACCGAUCAACUUCAACUUGCCAUUGCAUCGAAACUCAAACGGACGAACUACGACUGUGCACCUUCCGCUUUCUUCUCUUAGCAACUUUCGACUGUGUUCUCUACGCAUUUGUGGUUUCCUUCUCGCGACUUGCUAAUCCCCUUUCUUCAUUCCUAAACAUCCUAAUUAUGAGGCGACAAACUACAAACGAGUUAUAUUUAGCAAUGAUUAUCGAGUGCGUUCCUCGUCGUGAAAUGACUUUCACACGCCAUGCUCGCUACCGUUACAAAAUUGGUAAUGAGCAUCGCCGUACGUAAACGUCGAAAUCACGCACACGUGUCUGAUGAUUUUCUUCUGCAAACUGCAGAAACUGUUUGCGAGUAUUGUUGCGUGGCACGCGAGCCUCCAACGUCGUCCGUGAGUAUUUGGGUACCGUAAUCUAAUAAAAUCGAAUUCGCGAACAACAACGCCUCGCGUGAUGUCAACGCUGAUCACUUCCGGGAUAAUAAUCGGAGGGCGGGGUUGAAGCGUGUGGCCUGCUCGAGAAUGUACAGACGCGUAGUUUGUAUAGUAGCGAGCGAUCGUCAGUGACCAGAUAGUAGAUAACUUUUGGUCAAAUAAAGUUACGUAUAAAAAAAUGAA